GCUUCCUGAUGGUGCGAAAGGUGCAAAGUUGUAAAUCGUCAAAUAAAAAACGUAACAGCAGCAAUGAUUCAGAAUCAACAUCAAAAAAUAUUAUAUCAUGUGCCCAUGAUCCAUACACAAAUGUUCAUAAACGUAAUUUGUAUAUUGUAUCGUUUCCUGUAAUCUUUUUAUUUAAUGUUUUACGUUCAUUGUUAUAUCAAGUUUUUAUUAUUUUAAAAUAUUUAUACACAAGUACUUCCCGAUUCCUUUACAAACCUGUUAAACAAGAGUGUUCUAAAUCAUUGUUGGUUGUGGUGAAUGAACGUGGUGACGGUGUUACCACUGAGCUUGUUCAAGACUUAAUUGAAAUGCCACAACAAAACCAUAAGAGUUCAGGUCCAGGACCUGGUGAUCCGUUACUAGCUAAGCAGAAACAUCAUCAUCGGAGGGCGUUCGAAUUCAUAUCGAAAGCUUUGAAAAUCGAUGAAGAAAAUGAAGGACAAAAGGAAUUGGCUAUAGAUUUAUAUCGUAAAGGUAUUGGUGAAUUAGAAUUGGGUAUUGCUGUACAAUGUUGGGGUGGACGUGGUGAAGUUUGGGAGCGUGCUCAACGUCUUCAUGAUAAAAUGCAAACGAAUUUAGCGAUGGCACGAGAUCGACUCAACUUUUUAGAAUCACUUUUGGAGUUAUCGAAGCUCCGUUUGGAAAAACCUGAAACAAAUAAUGUAUCGUACACGAAUAGACGAACAAAUCCAACACCUCGUUUACAAACACUUACAGAAGGUACUACCACAACUGUUAAACAAAAUGUAGAAAAUAGAAAAGUUGUUUUCAAGCCUUCAGCAUCAGGUCGAAAAUUAGCGGUGCCUGCGAAGCAUAUAAGCACAACUUCAAAAAGUCAAACAUUACCACGUUCCAUGGGAUCUCGUAUACCAUCACGACCAUCUGGUUCAAAAGUUUUAACAUCAACCCCACCAGCUGUGCGACGACAAUUGUCUGUACCAAAUGCUGGUGGAUCACCAGCUCGGCGCACAAGUCGUAAUGUCACUCCAACAACAUCUACACGGAAUUCAAAUGCAGGAACACCUCGCUGUAAAACACCUACGGGUAGCACACUAAAAGGAAUUGAUUCAAAAUUAGCUCAAGUGAUAUUAGAUGAAAUUGUUGAGGGUGGAGCGGGUGUACAAUGGGAGGAUAUUGCUGGUCAAGAUUCGGCGAAACAAGCGUUACAAGAAAUGGUGAUUUUACCAUCGUUACGACCGGAAUUGUUUACUGGAUUACGUUCGCCAGCUCGUGGGUUAUUACUUUUUGGACCGCCUGGAAACGGAAAAACAUUACUAGCUCGCGCAGUAGCCACACAAAGUCGUUCAACAUUUUUCUCAAUAAGUGCAGCAAGUUUAACAAGUAAAUAUGUUGGUGAAGGUGAGAAAUUGGUUCGUGCUCUAUUUGCAGUUGCUCGAGAAUUACAACCCUCGAUAAUAUUCAUCGAUGAAGUUGAUUCACUGUUAUCGGAACGAUCAAGUGGCGAGCAUGAAGCUAGUCGCCGAUUAAAAACUGAAUUCUUAGUGGAAUUUGAUGGUUUACCCACAAAUCCAGAUGGUGAGCGUGUUAUUGUUAUGGCGGCAACAAAUCGGCCGCAAGAAUUAGAUGAGGCGGCAUUACGACGUUUCCCAAAACGUAUUUAUGUAUCGCUACCAGAUUGUCGGACACGAGUCCAAUUGUUACGUCGAUUAUUGGAGAAACAUUCGUCUCCAUUAACAGAAGCGCAGUUGGAACGGUUGUCACAAUUAACUGAAGGCUAUUCUGGUAGUGAUUUAACGGCUUUGGCAAAAGAUGCUGCUCUAGGUCCCAUUCGAGAAUUAGAUCCAGAACAAGUGCGAAAUGUUGAUUUAAGUUCAGUGCGUAAUAUAACAAUAAAUGAUUUUUUAGAAUCAUUAAAACGUAUUCGUCGAUCUGUUUCACCGCAUAGUUUAAUUGCUUACGAGAAAUGGUCAUUAGAGUAUGGCGAAGUGACACUCUGAAUUUUCUUUUUAUGUUUAUUUAUUAUUAUUAUUUUUUUGUUACAAAAAUUUAAUUUUUGCAUGAUGCAAGUAAAACAAAGGUCAAAGGUCUUUGUAAAAAAAAAAAUGCUUUUUCUGUUUUAUUCGCAUCUUAAUUUGUUAUGUUUUUAGAAACUAAA